UAGGAUUAUACAUCUGCGAUGCGGAGAGGGAGGCAAUUUCGAUAUAAGCGCGUGUGCGGCAGGGAGACAGCAAAGAGGUCAGCAACAAGUGUCAGCGAAACGAUUAAGUGUCUGUGUUCUAGUUGAAUAAAAAGUUAAUUGCUGUUUUCGUCCUACGGGGACUGAUCAGACGUUACGUCACGGAAAUCUAUCGGCUGUCUUUCGAAGCAAUAAUGGAGGAGGAGAGGAUAAUCCGAGGGCCCCCAGGACCGAAACUAAGAAAUAUGAGCGUUGGGCAAUUAAUCCUGGAGCAACUUCAAACGAGUCCACUGCGAAUAGUGCAGAUUGAUGCCCAUACAGGAAAAAUUCUGACAAGCCACGAUUUAUUAGAAAAAAGUGUGAGACUAGCUGUUGCCCUUCAGGAAUGGGGAUUGAAUUCAGAUGAUGUAGUGGCAAUAUCAAGUGAGACCCAGUCAAAUUGGUUCGUCGCAGCUUGUGCAGCAAUGUACCUUGGUAACUGUGUUGCUCCUUUCAAUCCAGCCUACGUUGAAAAUGAGAUUCGCCACGUUCUUAUGAUCUCGAGACCCCGUAUAAUUUUUGUAUCACGACGUACGUCUGGGUCUGUACGUCGAGUUGCGUUGACACUGCCUUGGGAGAUUGAGAUAAUUCAACUGGACGAGGAAAAUCCGAUAGAGGAUAUCGUUACGGUACGCGGAAUGAUUUCAGGGGGGAGGCAAUGGCCUGAUCCUCAUCGUUAUCAGGCAGUUGUAGUGGAUGAACCGUCUACGAGGGAAGCCGUUAUUCUUUGCUCCAGCGGCACUACCGGUCUGCCAAAGGGCGUUAUGCUUUCGCAUAAAAAUAUUCUGGCUGCUUCACGAUGCGCACAUCUUUUGGAUUUCGUACCAACUGGACAUGGCAUUCCAGUCGUCAUGUUCUUCCUCCCUCUUUUCCACGGCUACGGAUUGGCCACCAUGCUCACCGUGAUUCAGGCGAAUGCCACAGCGGUCAUGAUGAAGUCAUUCGAACCGAAGCUCUUUUGUGAGUCAGUCCAGAAAUAUCGGGUGACGUUCAUCCCUCUGGUGCCACCCAUCAUGGGGUUCUUGGCGAAGCAUCCGAUAGUCGAUAACUACGACUUCAGCUCUGUGAGGGAAAUUGUCUGUGGAGCAGCGCCUCUUUCCAGAGAGGUACUCGAAGCUGUUCAGAAACGAAUGAAAAACAAAGAAAUGACCAUCAGAAAUGGCUAUGGAAUGACCGAAUUAUCCGUAAUAACACACAUCUCCGAUCAUUUUACCAAGAAAGCUGAUACACUUGGUAGCGCUGUGACAGGAAUUCAACUGAAAGUCAUUGAUCCGGAAACGGGAAAGUGUCUUGGCCCCAACAAAACUGGUGAACUAUGCUUUAAGGGUGAUCACGUCAUGAUGGGAUACAAGGGUGACCCUCGGGCAACAGCAGAAACUAUUGAUUCCACUGGUUGGCUUCACACCGGUGAUCUUGGUUACUACGAUACUGAUGGCGAACUGUUUGUCGUUGGACGACUCAAGGAGCUCAUCAAAUAUAAAGGAUUUCAAAUUGCACCAGCGGAAAUUGAGAAUCUUCUGAUGUCGCACGAUCAGGUGGAAGAUGCCGCUGUGGUUGGGAGGAAUGAUGAUGUUGCUGGGGAAAUACCUUUGGCAUUCGUUGUUAGGAGGAAGGGGGCCAACGUUACAGCUGAGGAACUCUGUAGAUUCGUUAAUGGUCAAUUGUCAGCCCAGAAACAUCUGCGGGGUGGUGUCAGGUUUAUCGAAGCAAUACCAAAAAAUCCAGGGGGAAAGAUUCUACGUCGAGAGCUUCUAAAAUUACUUCCUAAACUGUAAAAAAACUAGUGGACAAUUGCAUUUUUUAUAUAAAAAAUAAAUACAGUAUGGGCCAAUUCCA